CACGUUCCUAAAUCCCCUCCCCUCUAGCAUUGCCGCUCUCUCUCUCUCUCUCUCUCUCUCUGCAUGCAAAUCUCUGGAAAAUGACGACGUAUGGAACAAUCCCAGCGGCAACACCAUCAUCAUCAUCAUCAUCAAAUUUACAGUUUGUUUCACUUGCAAAAGAAUGGAUCAAUUCGGGUCUUGGUAUGCCAAGGCCAUGGAAGGAGAUGAUCAAACUUCAAGAUCUCAGCUUUCCCACCAGCGUCUCUCAAUUAAUCCAAAGAAUCAAGAUAAACGUCGCAGUCUUCCGCAUGAACUACGCCAUUAUAAUAUUGUUCAUUCUCUUCCUCAGCUUGCUUUGGCACCCCGUCUCAAUGAUUGUCUUCAUUGUCAUGAUGGUUGCAUGGUUGUUCUUAUACUUUCUACGCGACGAACCAUUGGUUGUCAUGGGGUAUGAUAUAGAUGAUAGAAUGGUGAUGCUGGCCUUGUUGCCAAUCACUGUCCUUAGCCUUUUCCUUACAAAUGCCAAGAAAAAUAUCAUAGUAGCACUUGCUAUUGGACUUGUGGUUGUAAUGGUUCAUGGAGCAUUGAAGGAGACAGAUGAUCUGGUCAUUGUGGAUGGAGACGAAGGGAUUGUAUCAGGUGGUAAUGAAGAUAUGAAAAUGCCUCUCAAAAAUCCUGCCUCCUCUUCUUUUAGUCUGUCAUAAGGGUUUGUCUUCAUCAUGUUUUGGAUGUUGUUGUUUCAAUCUAGAAUCACAAGAGGUGAGAAAUGAAUUAACCUUUUUUUUCACCCCUUUUGUUUUUUCCUUGGGUUUUUGA